CGCGUACACGUGACCAGGCGUCUUCGACACUGCAAACGGCAUCCACUUCUGCUGUAUUAUCGGCUGUUGGAUCCACCCAUCAGAUAAGCCUGGCAGCUCGUUGCGCGCCGCAUUGCGCAUCAUCGUUACCAUCGUCAUCAUCGUCGCCGCCGUCGCAGAAGUCGUACAUACUCGAUCACAAUUGAGUCGCCUGCUGUCGCCCGGUUUCACCAUACCAGAUAUUACAAGUUAAGAACAAAAGAACAUCAAAUACAAAACAAAAUGCCUCCUGCAAAGCGCAAAGCAGCGACAGCGACAGCAUCCUCGUCCAAGACCACCGGCGGCGGACCGCGCCAAUCGAAACUAGCCAAAGAAAACAACAUCACCGCCCAAGAAGAAGCCGAGAUCAAAGAAGCAUUCAGUUUGUUCGCCGAACCAAUGGAUGGCGAGAAGCAAGGGGUGAUUCCAAUAGGGGAUGUUAGACGGGCGAUGAUCGCCCUAGGCAUCCCCCCCAAAUCCAACCACGAACUCCGCGAAUUCACUUCCAUCCUCGACCCGGAAGACGAAGGUUUCGCCACCUACCCAUCCUUCCUCGCCAUCUGCGCCAUCAAGCUUUCGUCACGCGAUCGGACCAGCGAAGCACAUAUGCGCGAGGUGGACGAGGCGUUUGCUUUGUUUGUUGGUCGCUCGGUGGAGGAGAUUGCACAACUAUAUAAUGAUGAUCACGACGACGAUGAGGACGACGAAGAAUACCAAGACUAUGAAGGAGGAGGGGAACAAGAAGAAAAAGAAAAACCGCCGGUGAUAACCCUAGCCCACCUUAAAAGGGUCGCGACCGUGUUGAAGGAGGAGAAUAUCAGUGAGGAGUUGUUGAGGGAUAUGAUUUUGGAGGCGAAUGGUGGCGCGGGGGUGGGGAAGGGGGUGAGGAUGGAGGAGUUUGAUGGGGUUAUGAGGCGGGCGGGGGUUUGGAGGUGA